UCUCUCUCUUAAAAAAAUAAAAAAAAACCCUACAAAUUUAAACCCAUACCUUCAAUACCAAUUUAAAAAUCACAGUUUCUGUCAAGAACAGUAAAGUAUCUGAAAUUUGACCCUGCGUGUCAGCUACCAAGUUAGUAUGACACAGUUUCACAGAUGUUGGCAGAAGACAUGGGACUUUUGGGUCAGCAAUAUUAUUUUGUUUGCUUUUCUGGGUUUCAAUUAUCGUGUGUGUGUGUGUGUGUGUGUGUGUGUGUGUGUGUGUGUGUGUGUUGCUAGGGAUUAAACCCAGGGCUUUGUGCAUGCAAGGCAAGCACUCUACCAACUGAGCUGUAUCCCCAGCCCUAUGGGUUUCAAUUAUCUUAAAUCAAGACCUGUUAUCCCACAAAUCCUCUUAAACUAUGUAGGAUUGUUUUUUCUUGUUAGGACUUGGGACCUAAUCAUACUAACCAAGCUUACUGAAAACUGUUUUUUUUUAAAUAUGUAUUUAUUUUUUAUUACUUUUUAAAUUUGUUUUAAUUAGUUACACAUGACAGUUGAAAACUAUUGACUUACUUUUAGGAAUUACCCAUUAACAUAGGGUACAAGUAAAAUGAUACACACACAGGAUAUAUAUUAUAGCAUUCUUUAUUAUAGUGAAAGACGGGAAAUAACCAAAGGAUCAUUAACUACAGAUGAGUUGAAAAAUUAAGAUAUGUUCAUUCAAUGAAAUGCAGUGUGAUUAUGAAGACAAUUACAUAUCAUAAUAUGUACUGGUUGGGAUUCAUUUUAAGAUAUAUGAAUUCCAACCAGUAAAAAUAGCAAUGUCUAUAAUAGUAUGUAUAAUUAUACUAUAAUUAAAGUAAAAGAAUUUUAUAUCCUUGUAUAUGUGUAUGUUUACAUGUACACAAACAUAUAUUCUUUAGGCCAUCUUUAUCUUGCUGAAAUCCUCCUGUUGUAGUCCAAAUAGAACUGUCUCUUGGGAGUUGGGGGUGAUAGGAGAUUGCCCAUUCUUCUCAUUGAUAGCUCUCAAAUGUUUGUGUGGGGUGAAUAGAGGGGAGAUUUUCAUUCUGGGAGCUUUGAGGCAAGUGGGAUCUCAUGUCUCUCCUUUUGCCUUUCCCAGCUCUACCGCUUUCCAAAAGAGGAACCCAGAGGUCUUUCAACAAAUAUCAAAGCCAUGGCUCAGGAGUCAGUGAUGUUCAGUGAUGUAUCCAUAGACUUCUCUCAGGAGGAGUGGGAAUGCCUGACUGAUGAUCAGAGACAUUUAUACAGAGAUGUGAUGUUGGAGAAUUACAGCAACCUGGUUUCAAUGGCAGGACAUUCCAUUUCUAAACCAAAUGUGAUCUCCUACUUGGAGCAAGGAAAGGAGCCCUGGUUGGUUGACAGAGAGCGGACAAGAGGCCAAUGGCCAGUCCUGGAAUCAACAUGUGAGAUCAAGAAGUUAUUUCUGAAGAAAGAAAUUUAUGAAAUAGAAUCAGCCCAGUGGGAGAUAAUGGGAAGAUUGACAAGACAUGACCUUCAGUGCUCUAGUCUCACAGAUGAUUGGGAUUGUAAUGGCCAGUUUGAGAAACAACAUGGCUCUCAGGACAGGCACUUCAGUGAACUGAUAAUCACCCAUGAAGAUGUGCCUACUUUUAGUCAACACCCAUCCUUUACAUUACAGCAACUUAUUAAUAAUAAAGAAAAAUACUGUGCAACAAAAGAAUAUAGAAAAAAUGUUAGACAUGACUCUGAAUUUACUACACAUCAAAUUAUUCAUACCAUUGAGAAACCUCAUGAGUGUAAGGAGUGUGGCAAGGCCUUUAGACAUCCCUCAAGACUUGCUCAUCAUCAGAAAAUUCACACUGGCAAGAAGCCCUUUGAAUGUAAAGAAUGUGGGAAAACAUUUAUUUGUGGCUCAGACCUUACUCGACAUGACAGGAUUCACACUGGUGAGAAACCCUAUGAAUGUAAGGAAUGUGGAAAGGCUUUUAGUAGUGGUUCCAACUUUACUCGACAUCACAGAAUUCACACUGGAGAGAAGCCUUAUGAAUGUAAAGAAUGUGGGAAAGCCUUUAGCAGUAGUUCAAACUUUACCCAGCAUCAGAGAAUUCACACCGGAGAGAAACCUUAUGAAUGUAAGGAAUGUGGCAAUGCCUUUAGUCAGAGUUCACAACUUAUUAAACAUCAAAGAAUCCACACAGGUGAGAAACCCUAUGAAUGUAAAGAAUGUGAAAAAGCUUUUCGUUCUGGAUCUGACCUUACUCGACAUCAGAGAAUUCAUACUGGUGAGAAACCCUAUGAAUGUAAGAUUUGUGGGAAAGCCUACUCGCAGAGUUCACAACUUAUUAGUCAUCAUAGAAUUCAUGCUGGUGAGAAAACCUGUGAAUACAAGGACUGUGGAAAGAACUUUAAUUAUAGUUCACAACUUAUUCAGCAUCAAAAUCUGUACUGGUGAUAAACCAGAAUAUAUAAAAUGGGUGGGAAGGUUUUGAUUAUGGCUCAAAACUUUUUGACUAUCAGAGAAUUUAUCUUUCUGAUAACCCUUCUAAACAUAAGAAUGUAGAAACAUUUAUUUAUUAACUACAGCUUAUUUAGUCGAAGAAAAAUCAUGCUGGAGAUACAUAAUAUAAAUAGAAUAUAUUUUGGAAGCUUUUUAAUAAAAAUUCAUUUUUCAUUUGAA